UCACUGGUUACAUCCUGUAAAAUUCUUGACUAUAUCUAUUAUAAACACUUUCUAAUUUUGUUUUACUUUAAGAUUCCUUAAAACAGUAACUAAUUUAAAAUUGGCAAUUUCAAGUUCAAUGCCGGUUUAUUUACUGAUUCAACCCCUAAAUAGGGUGCAGUUUGUCUUAUAACUGGCACUCAGGAGCACCCGACAUGAACUGGAAAUAGGCAAAUGGAGAAAAUGAAACUAAAAUAAACAAACCUGGAAAUGUUCAUAUGUUUGAAAAUUCAUAACUUGAUGGUAAUAAAAGGAGCUAGUGUAUUAUAGGGGAGCCCUUCUUUUUAAGUACCUUGCUUACGGGGCUUUGGAGUAGCGAUCACCAGAGUAAGUGUGUGUCCUUCACCACUGUGCUGUCUCAGAAAAGGAGCAUUUUGAGUGUUCUCACCUGCAGUGCCGCAAGGACAUGUUUGUUUACUGUUUUCAUGAGCGCAUCCCCCAGGGAACAGCCCACAGUCGAUGGCAAUCAGUGACACUUAUGACUGUUUUGUGGACUGUGUUCCUAUUGACAAAAGUGAUGACUAAACAGUUAUCUUUAGUGAGCUUCAGCAUCGCCCCAGUCUCUGGGCAAAGCGUUGACUUCGUUUCAGUGAAACUGCUUUCCGUGGCACGUGUUCGUUCGACGCAGACAAGUACAAAGAUGGAGAAGAUAAGGAUUCUGUGCUUAUGACACUCGUGCCUUCAGAGAAGAAUGAAUUUCUGCUGUCUUCCAUUCUUGACCAUGAUGCUUCAUAUUGAUUUUUUCCCCUGAUCCUUUGGGUGUUUGGGCUUCACAGGGUACAGUACAGGAUGAGGGGUGCUCCUGGAGACCACAUUCCUGAAAGAUCUCUCUGGACCAUUCAUCCAAUAGAGAACGUGGUUCUGUGUGAACACUGUCAGGUACGAGCAGAGAGCACCUGGGGCCAUGACCGGGGUGGGGACCGAGGAUGACAUCCCACUGGGUGAGAGGAAGACUGUCACAGACUUCUGCUACCUGCUGGACAAGUCCAAGCAGCUCUUCAACGGCCUGAGAGACCUGCCCCAGUAUGGACACAAGCAGUGGCAGUCGUACUUCGGCCGCACCUUCGACGUCUACACCAAGCUGUGGAAGUUCCAACAGCAGCACAGACAGGUGCUGGACAACCGGUACGGCCUGAAGAGAUGGCAGAUUGGGGAGGUGGCCUCCAAGAUUGGCCAGCUCUACUACCAUUACUACCUCCGCACCUCUGAGACCAGUUACCUGAACGAGGCUUUCUCUUUCUACUCGGCCAUUCGUCAGAGAAGCUAUUACUACCAGGUCAAUAAGGAGGACAGACCAGAGCUGGUGGUGAAGAAGCUGCGCUACUACGCCCGCUAUAUUGUCGUCUGUCUGCUACUGAACAAGAUGGAUCUGGUCAAGGUGCUGGUCAAGGAGCUCUCAGAAGAGAUCGAAGACUAUACCCAACGCUUCAACACAGAGGACCAACUGGAGUGGAACCUUGUCCUGCAGGAGGUGGCAGCUUUCAUUGAGGCCGACCCAGUGAUGGUGCUGAACGAUGACAAUGCCGUGGUGAUCACCUCGAACCGGCUGUCUGAGGGGGGUGUGCCUCAGCUGGAGCAGGGCAUGGUGGUGGGGCAGCUCACACUUGCGGACGCCCUCAUCAUCGGCAACUGCAACAACCAGGUCAAGUUCAGUGAGCUGACCAUCGACAUGUUCCGCAUGCUGCAGGCUUUGGAACGGGAGCCAGUCAACUUGGCCACACAGAUGAAUAAGCCGGGGACACUGCAGCAGGAGCCCAGCGAGAAGCCUGCCAAGAGGGAGAAUCCACACAAGUACCUUCUGUACAAGCCCACAUUCAGCCAACUGUAUACCUUCCUGUCUGCUUCCUUCAAGGAGCUGCCAGCGAAUAGCGUGCUGCUGGUUUACCUCUCGGCCACUGGGGUCUUCCCAACUGGACACUCUGAUUAUGAAGGUCCUUAUGACUUUGGAGGUGUGCUGACCAACAGCAACCGUGAUGUGGUGAACGGAGAAACGGUGCAGAAGAGGAACCAGGCGCAGAAAGAGAUGCACUGUCUUCACCCCGGGGACCUGUUCCCCUUCACCAGGAAACCCCUGUUCAUCAUUGUGGAUUCCUCCAACAGCACGGCCUACAAGAAUUUCUCGAACCUCUUUGGACAGCCGGUGGUGUGUCUUCUCUCUCCCACAGUGUAUCCCAAGAGCAUGCAAGACCAGUCGCAGCGUGGCAGCCUGUUCACACUCUUCUUGUACAGCCCACUGAUGGCCUUCUUGUACGUGUGUGGCCUGAGCAGCUUGCGGCAGGGCAUGUGGGAGAAAGGCCAGGAGCUCCUGCGCAAGGCAUAUCGCGACAUCGGCCAGAUGCUCACCCGCUCACGUGCCAUAGGUAAUGGGGGGGUUGGCCGUCACAGGUCUAACGGGGCCACACUGUCUAAAGGGUUACACAUUGCCUUUCACUUCGUUUUACCCAGGCGGUUAUAUAUGAUUAAAUCACAAUUAAGUAACUUAACACUGUAAGUCGCAACGCACCCUGCAGUUUUUCAGGUCAUGAUGUUCUCAGCUUUUCUUCAUGUCAAUUUCUUUUAUUUUCCUUUAACAGCUCAUACGGAGAACCAUAAUUAGAGCAGCCUUAAAAAAAAAAAAAAAACCUGUAGUAUCUUCCAAGAUAUAAAUAAAAUCAGGGUAUUGUAACAAGAGAUUUUGUAGUAACAGACAAAAGAGGGUUUGUUUACUGUUUACAAUCU